AAUAAAGGAAGUUUUAUCACAGGAGUCAAACCAGUCAUGGAGCAGUUUGUGCCUGCUGAUCGCUCUCUGUCAGUCUGCAGGCGGCUUUGUUACGCAGCGGGACAUUUUCUGAACGACCUGUGCGCCUCCAUGUGGUUCACCUACCUACUGGUCUACCUGCACUCCGUACUCGGCUUCCAGAGCACCUAUGCAGGUGUGAUGCUGCUGAUUGGGCAGAUAGCAGACGGAGUCUGCACGCCACUGGUGGGAUAUGAAUCUGACAGAACACCGUGCUUCUACGGCAAGAGAAAAACCUGGCAUCUAUUGGGAACUGUUUGUGUUGUUGUAUCUUCCUUCAUUUUCAACCCCUGCCUGGCCUGUAACGACAACACUCCUCAGUGGGCUGCGAUUGUUUAUUUCUCCCCCUUCAUCAUCAUCUUCCAGCUGGGUUGGGCGGCCACACAGAUCUCAAACCUCUCCCUCAUCCCAGAGCUGGUGUCCAGUGAGAGCGACAAGGUGGAGCUCACUGCGUACAGGUAUGCCUUCACUGUAGUGGCCAACAUGACAGUGUACACUGUGGCCUGGCUGCUCUUUCACUUCCAGGCUCAGCACAGUGUGGACCCCUCCAUCACAGGCAACUUGGGCCCUGUGGACAUCCCUCUGUUCAGGAUGCUGGCCCUCAUUAUGCUGGGUACCGGGGCAUUGUUCUCACUGAUAUUCCACGUCGGCACAAAAGAGGAUGUGGUGGCCCCAAUGAGCGAGCAUCAGCUGAUCGCACCUUCCCCUUCACAGGAAACUUUGCCUCAGCCUGUAUUUCAGUGGAAGCACUGGCUGAAGGAGGCCUCUUUCUACCAGGUAGCAUUUCUGUACAUGUGCACCCGACUCAUAGCCAACUUAUCUCAGACAUACAUCUCAGUUUACCUCACCAACUCACUGAUGUUACCAAAGAACUUCAUUGCCAUCAUCCCUCUGGUGAUGUACGUCAGUGGCUUUGUUUGCUCUCUGGCCAUGAAACCAAUCAGCAAGCUCAUAGGAAUCAAUAGCACCUAUUUCAUUGGCCUGUCGCUGGUGCUUGGCUUUGCCACCUGGGUGUUUGUGGACAAGAGCAUGGGAGCUGAGAGCAUCUACGGAGCAGCCGUACUAUUGGGAGCCGGUUCAGCUACUGUCCUCAUCAUGUCUCUGUCCAUGACAGCCACACUCAUCGGGGAGCAGACGCAAAGUGGAGCCUUUGUUUAUGGAUCGAUGAGCCUCACAGACAAGCUGGCCAAUGGUGUGGGGGUCAUCGUCAUCCAGAGCACACGACCCUGCAGCACGGAGGCCUGCUGCCCAGACUGUGUUUGGUUUUAUCGUGACGUGAUGGUGACAGUGACCGGUGGCGUAGCCGUGGCUGCAGCACUUUGCCUGUUCACUCUUCUAAUCUGGCCAAUCAGGAUACGGAAAAGUUAGGGUUCAACAUCUGCACAACACUCUCACACCUGUGCACACACACAAGAAAUCAGGCUCUUGUGUUAGAUUUAAUAACCUACAGUAUUUUGUUGAUGGUAGGUCUGUUCUGGAUUUUUCUUUAGAUUUAGCCCUUUUCUGUUUAAAUCUACUCUUUCAGCAGGACACAGAGCACAAUUGUUUUUUAAAAUCCUCAAAAACUCCUGAUCUCCCUAAUCUCCUAAAUAUUUUGGCGUCUUUAUUUUUUUUUAAUAAAUAUUUUGAGGUUUGGAAAGGAAAGCUUUUGUUGUUGGACUGCCGAAACGGUGUAGAGGAUAAAGCCAUGCUACCACCCAGUGUACGAAUCUGUAACUACAGUACUUUCCAGGAGAGGAUUGUAGGGUUUUUGAACUGAAAAUUACUGUAUAUCAGAAGCUCAUCAUGGCAGGUGAAGUUUGUGACUAGAAAAAGACCUGUAAAUGGAUACAGUGGUAUGGAAAAAACGUAGAAACUAAAAUCACAGUCACACAAACUCAAAAAUACAAAAUAUGAUGUUUCAUAUAGAUAUCUGUAAAUCAGGGCCAAGGUCAUCAGAUGACAGAUAGAUACCAUGAUCUAUUUAUAUUCAUAUGGACAUACAUGAGACCCGUGCUGGUAUUAUAAUACAGUCCACCUCGACUUUCUUCAGUGAAUGAAGCCAAAUAUUUUCGUUGACUUGGUAGCAAUUGUGGCGCAGAUCCAAGGACCUUGAACUCGACACCUUUUGUGCGUGCGUGUAUGUGUGUGUGUGUUUGUGUAUGUAUAAGCAUGAGCAGUAAUAAUUACCUGGCUGUUAUUAUUUGUACUACUUGCAUUGACUAUGUGUACUGUAGGAGAAAAACAAACAAACAUUGGUUGGGUAGUAAAUAUAAUCUGAAAAUGAAAAUACACACAUACUGUAUGUUUCUGUACUGAAUGUACCGAAGGGAAAAUUGCACAGCAGAGACACUGAAAAGAAACAGGAACUAAAAUGAUUUUUCCUUUUAAUAAUUUCUUUAAUUCCUUCAUAAUGUUGAAUCUGU